AUGUUUUUGUUCCAUCUCCCACCACCCAAGUACAUGCACAAUUUCACCAUCACACUCAUGUCAGUCUUCAAACUGAAGACAGUCCUCACUCUUCUCAAGCACUUGACAGCUGUCUCCCCUCUUGAGAAAAACACCUUUGAGAAAAAUUGGAGGGCUAGCAUGAGUUUCUCAAGUGGCUUGAAGCACACUUGGUACAUACAUUUAAUCCCUCAACUAACCAAAAAAAAGUUUCAGCUACAGUGGGAAUCCAAGAUCAUUGAGUAUGUCCAGUUCCUGUGGGAGAAGACAAGAACAUGGUCAAAGAGAGGUGAGCCUGGCAAGCUAGGAGUGAAUGUCCCAUUGCUUGGGCCUCAGUUUAUGCCUCCAUCGUACCUGCACAUCCAAAAGCAGUCAGGUGGUGGAGCUGUUGAGCCGAAGAUACAGUACCUCAAGCCACUCAAUAUUGUGCACCCAUUCUACUACCUGCAGCUUACACAGUGUCCAAGAUGCAGCCAUCUUCAACAUCUGCCAGUCUUGAAGAAUGUAUCCAAUGCAUUCAGCACUUACAAGUCAUUGAACAGCUCGAACUCACUCACACUUGGACAUUACUUCAAUGGUGCUGCUGGUGGCAUGACUGCAGGAAGACAAUUGGGGCUUCAAGUAUUCUCAGAACUGGACGACCAGCUCAGCUACGAUAACAAGUCAAUCUCACAUGAGAUCAUCACUGAGGUCUUUCUUGAUUUCACGACUUGCACCAGGCAGAACGAGAGUGUGCUAUACUUAAAGUCACUAUCUGCAAUAUGUGGUUCUCUCAAUAACACCUUCAAGGCAGCAAACAAGGCAACACUGACAAACAAGGAUGGGCAAAAGGCAAGGGAGAUCAAGGGUGGGAUACUCACUGUGUUGAAUGAAAGCAAUGAGAUCAUUGCUUGGACAUGUGCAAAUGCUGAGAUCACAGAGCUACUGCAUGGCCUCAAGUGGCGCCACGAUGUCCUCAACCUCCCACAACCAAAGAUGAUGGUUGCCGACAACUGUUGUCAUAUUCACAGUGCAGUGGCUUCUGCCAUGCCCGAGACAGAGGCCAAGCUGGAUGUCUGGCAUUUCAGUGCAAGUGCCAUCGCUGCAAAUAUUUUGGGUGUGAUCCUCAAGAAACAUGCAGAACAUGGAUGCAGAACAGAGUAUUGGGAUCGUGGUGAACAAGAGCAGCACCUUCUUGCAGCUUUUGAUAAAUGGGCCGAGAAAGGUGUGUGGUCAGCAGCGGCUCAGAAAGUACAUCAAGAGCAACUCAAACAUGUCCAAAAAGGGUGUCUCGAGCACUCAGAUCAAGACCUCAGCUCCCACCACAUCCAGCUCUCUAACCACAUCGCAAAACUCUACAAUGGACUAUGCAAGAAGGACACACAGCUGCUUCCUCUACCAGAACUUCCAGAUGUUGACUCUGGCGGGACCUUUGGACUGGUCAUAUCGGAUAAUGCAACCACAUUUGGUAGUUUGCUCAUCAAGGAAGAGACUCUGGACGCCAAACUCACACACAACUUUGAGGUUCACACAGAUAGCUUCACUGGUGGGACUGUAGAUUUUGCGACUGAAGCCAGCAGCAGCAUCAUGAUUGAGGACUGGCAGAUUGAUCCAGUGCUCCUUGAUCAACCUGCUGCACAGCUGCUGCACACUGCCAAUGGCUCCAGUACCAAGCCCUCAAUGAACGGUAUGACAGCUUCCAACAAUAGCGUUCUCACUGCCAAAGUCACACCUCCCUCUCCAAUCAAAUGCAAGGCCAUUUGCAUCUCACCUAACUCCAAUGAAAAGUCCAACAAGCCUCGGGCUCCCACUAGCAGUACUGCCACAGAGGCUGCCAGCAUUGGCUUUGACAACUUGCCAAAGUUCUCACCCACAAUCAAUGAUACACACAUGAAGGCUGCCAGUGUUGGCUUCAACAACUCGCCAAUCACCCCUGAUCAAUGA